AUGGCUGAUACUGGGAGGAUCACCAUCUCUAUCGACCGCGGAGGCACGUUUACGGAUGUUCAUGCCAUUGUCCCGGGUCGUUCAGACAUCAUUCUCAAGCUACUUUCAGUCGAUCCUUCACAUUACCAGGAUGCUCCCACGGAAGGAAUUCGACAAAUCCUGGAGCUUGCGACGGGCGAACCCCACCCCCGCGGCCAGCCGCUGAAGCUUGAUCGCAUUGGCUGCUUACGAAUGGGCACCACUGUUGCAACAAAUGCCCUGCUGGAGCGCAAGGGUGCUCGUUCAGUCUUGCUCACAACGAAAGGGUUUCGGGAUCUUCUCAAAAUUGGCGAUCAAUCUCGCCCAGCCAUCUUCGAUCUGUCUAUGGCACGCCCGGGAGUGUUACCCGAAGGGGUCGUUGAGGUCGACGAACGCGUGGUUCCAUGCCAUUUUCUGUCCGAUAAGGAUUGCUUCCCGAAUUCACGGAUUGUGGAAGGUAUUACUGGGGAAAAGUUUCGCGUGGUACGCGAAUUGGACCUUGAGCAAGUGCGGACAGAACUUCAGCGUCUCAAGUCGCAAGGUUACCAGUCUCUCUCUGUGGCGCUGGUGCAUUCGUUCGCGUACCCAUAUCAUGAGCUUCAAAUUGGGGAGAUUGCAGAACAGAUGGGAUUUUCUGUCACCCUCUCCUCAAAAUUGCAGCCUAUGAUUAAAAUUGUUCCCCGCGGUAUGUCCGCUGCGGCUGAUGCAUAUCUCACUCCCGUGAUCAAAACGUAUAUCGACUCCAUUUCUGCCAGUUUCGAAGGUGGCCUCGAAAGUCAGCAUGCCUGUCGCUUUGAAUUUAUGCAGUCUGAUGGUGGGCUGGUUGAUUUUCGCAAAUUUAGUGGUCUGAAAGCUAUUCUUUCCGGGCCUGCAGCCGGAGUCGUUGGAUUUGCCGCUACCAGCUGGGAUCCGGUUCAGAAGAUCCCUGUUAUUGGUUUCGAUAUGGGUGGCACGUCAACGGAUGUGUCGCGCUUUGACGGCCACUUAGAACAUGUUUUUGGGUCCAAGGUAGCCGGUGUUUUGAUUCAAUCUCCUCAACUCGACAUUAACACAGUCGCCGCUGGUGGGGGGUCAAUUCUCUCUUGGCGCAAUGGUCUCUUUUAUGUUGGACCCGAAUCAGCUAGUGCACACCCUGGCCCAGCGUGUUAUCGGAAGGGAGGUCCUCUGACUGUCACUGAUGCAAAUCUAUUCCUUGGUCGUUUGCUGCCUGAGUACUUCCCAAACAUCUUUGGCCCCAAUGAGGAUCAGCCUCUUGAUACCGAGCUCACGACUCAGAAGUUCCAAGAAUUGACAGAAAAUAUCAAUAUAGAACGUCGGCAACACUUUCAAGCUGAAUAUACCCCGGAGGAUGUGGCACUUGGUUUCCUCAAAGUCGCAGACGAAUCAAUGGCCCGCCCAAUUCGCAACCUUACCGAAGCUCGGGGCUUUGAGACUGCAUCCCACCAUCUGGCCUGCUUUGGAGGAGCUGGUGGCCAGCAUGCAUGCUCUGUGGCCGACUCUUUAGGAAUAUCGCGUAUUAUUAUUCAUAAAUAUUCUUCUGUUCUCUCAGCCUAUGGCUUGGCUCUAGCGGAAGUGGUCACUGAAUCUCAAGAGCCAGUGUCCUCGGAGUAUCAGUCUUCUCACCUCGGCCUGCUACAACGUUUCGAGAAUAUGGCGGCGGCAGCGACAACAGAGAUGCAGGAACAAGGUUUCUCACCCAACCAAGUACGACAUGAACAAUAUCUCAAUAUGCGAUACGACGGGUCUGACACAAGCCUGAUGAUCCUGCGUCCAGAGGGCUCAUCUGAUUUUUUGAGCGAAUUCCGUGAUCGCCAUCGCCGCGAGUUUAAUUUUGUUUCCGAGAGAUCGGUUAUUGUCGAUGAUAUCCGCGUGCGUACAAUUGCCUCUUCCAAAGUUCGCACCGAGCGCAGCCCGUUGGUUCAAUUAAAGGAUGCCGAGGUACAUGAUGUCCGAACCGAACCUGCCAACACAGCAUCUGCCUAUUUUGAUGGCUACCCUCAGCGCAUUGAUACGCCUGUCUACCUUCUUGAUCAACUAGAGAAGCAUAGUCGUAUUUCUGGCCCAGCUAUUAUCAUUGAUCAAACACAGACUAUUGUUGUGGCACCUAAUGCGAUGGCAAGUCUUCUGGAAACCUGCAUUGUCAUUGAUAUCAAAAAUAAGCCGGCGGUUGUUUUUCCAGACUCUAAGACCAAUUUUGAGGUCGACCCUAUUCGCCUUAGUAUUUUUGGCCAUCGGUUUAUGUCUAUUGCAGAACAGAUGGGGCGAACACUCCAAAAGACUUCCGUGUCGACAAAUAUCAAGGAGCGAUUGGACUUCUCCUGCGCUCUUUUCUCCCCUGAUGGAGGUCUGGUGGCAAAUGCACCGCAUGUACCAGUACAUCUGGGAUCAAUGCAGUUUGCAGUGCGCUAUCAGCACCAAAAGUGGCUGGGUAAUUUGAAAGAUGGAGAUGUGUUGGUGGCCAAUCAUCCAAGCUGCGGUGGUACUCAUCUUCCUGAUAUCACGGUCAUUACUCCCGUCUUCGAUCGGCCUAAUGGCACUGAGAUCAUGUUCUACGUUGCAUCGCGAGGUCACCACGCUGAUAUUGGCGGCAUCUUGCCUGGAUCAAUGCCUCCUAAAUCAACGGAGCUGUGGCAGGAAGGUGCCGCAAUCGAAGGUGACAAGAUUGUUAGUAAUGGGAUCUUAGACGAAGCCCGCUUGAUCGAACUGCUGGUUACCAAGCCUUCCCAAUAUCCAGGCUGUGCUGGCGCACGGUGUAUCAGCGACAACCUAUCUGACCUCAAGGCGCAGAUUGCAGCAAACACUCGUGGUAUAAACCUUAUUCAGAAUUUAUUCUCUGAGUAUGGCGUUGGCACAGUUCAGAAAUACAUGUAUGCCAUUCAAGCGACAGCUGAGUCUGCUGUGCGGAAUCUUCUGAAGGAUUUGCAUAAGAAGUUUGACGGCCAGCCUUUAGAGUCGAUAGACUAUAUGGAUGAUGGCACACCCAUUCGUCUCAAGGUGACCAUUGAUAAAUCAACCGGGUCAGCUGUCUUCGACUUUGAAGGUACGGGCCCUGAGGUUUACGGCAGCUGGAACGCACCCAUCGCUAUCACGCACUCGGCGAUCAUCUACUGUCUUCGGUGCAUGAUUAAUGCCGAUGUUCCACUGAACCAGGGCUGUCUUGCCCCAAUCGACAUUCGAGUUCCUCCAAAGAGCAUUUUAUCACCAACCAAGACCGCGGCCGUUGUGGGUGGCAACGUGGUGACCUCUCAGCGUAUCACCGAUGUUGUCCUCAAAGCUUUCCGAGUAUGUGCCGCAUCUCAGGGUUGUUGUAACAAUUUGACAUUUGGCACAAAUCCAAGAGUGGACCCUAACACUGGAGCUGUGAUCUCUCCUGGGUUCGGAUAUUACGAGACUAUUGCAGGCGGCAGCGGCGCCGGCCCGUCUUGGAAAGGUGAAUCUGGUGUUCAGGUUCACAUGACCAACACUCGUAUCACGGACCCCGAGAUCCUUGAGAAGCGUUACCCAACUUUGCUUCGUCAAUUUACUUUGCGUGAGGGCUCUGGUGGCCAGGGUAAGAAUCCGGGUGGAGAAGGUGUGGUCCGUGACAUUGAGUUCCUUGCCCCGAUGCAGUGCUCUAUCCUGUCUGAGCGUCGCGUACAUCGGCCUUACGGUAUGGAGGGUGGAGGCGACGCGCAAUCAGGACUGAAUCAAUGGAUCACACGAGACCUCGACACAGGCGAGGAGCGCCGGAUCAACAUCGGUGGUAAGAAUACUGUGGCCGUGAAGACGCACGACCGGGUCGUUAUUAUGACUGCUGGUGGAGGUGGAUGGGGCAAGGUGGAAGCGACUGCAUGA